UUUGGCCAAUUUUCCAAAAAUCCAAAUCCAAAGAAAAGUUAUUCUCGAUACAUUUUUUUUUUUGAAAUUGUUGUAUUUUAAUUUUGUUCAUCAAUCAGAUCAUGUCAUCAGGAAAGAAAACGUUUAUCAUUGAUACUGGUAACAUUUUCAAAUUUGGAAUAAUUCUACGAAAAGGAUUGAAUGAUGUUAAUGUUGAGAUACUCGAUGGUAUUGGAAGCGUAUUGGAUUCAUAUUCCAAUCGUAAAUUGGAUACAAUCGAUUUGAAUGGGAAUGAUGUGAAAUGUUUACGAAAUGGACAAGAAAAUAGUUCAUUGGAAAAUCAUGAUCGUAAUAAAUUAAAAUUAACAGUGAAAUUAUUUCUAUACGUGGAUGCUUUUGAACAAUCAGAUGAAUAUAAACAACAAUUGGCAGCCGAAUCAAUUGAUGCUUUGGUUAAAUUAUUGAAUCUGAAUCAAAUUGAUAAUCUUAUCCUAUCGAUUCAAACUGAUGAUAUGGAUCAAGUGUUGCCAGAAUUGAAAUCUUUUUGGACCGUAUAUGAAAAAUUUGUUUUGAAUGAAAAAGUUCGUCAAUUAGGUACAAGUGAUUUGAAUUAUACACAAUUAUCCGAUCUUUAUGAAUGGGCUAAACGGAUAAAACCAUCAUCAACACAGAUUAAUCUGCAAAACUGUUGUGAUAUUCCUGAAGAUUUAUCCGCUUUUUCCAAAAAAAAUUCAAUACAAUUGCUUACACAUAAUGAUUCUGUCGAUGACUUUCUUCCAAUCGAACGUCUACAUCAAUUAUUCAAGACAAAUCCAUCCUGUCCAUUGUUGGCUGACAUUCAAACAUCGAAACGUAAAUGGAUUGCUCGUUAUACAUUCGUAUUGCCAGGACAAGGUGUUGUCGUUACCAAAGGAUAUAUGCUCAGUUUGCUUGUUUAAUUGUACUUUAUUGCAUAACAAACAAACACACAGAAAAUGCUUCAAUUUUUAGUUUUUUUUUUAGUUAAUUUAAAAACAAAAAUUUUAUUA